UAGUAUUACAGACCUCUCCAGACUCUCCUCCCAUCCUGGGCGCUCUCCUCUAUUGGCUGCCUCCUUUCCACGCUCACAUCCAAAUCAUAUAAACCUGGGGGCCUCACACCUUCAGCCGGGGUCAAAUUUCUCGGGCGAAUCGGAGCAGCCUCUCCGGGAAACGGAUCUUCACGAACCAAACACACAGUGGAGUCCAGCGCGACGCCGAGUCCCGCUCUCUGGAUGUAUACGGUUUUUCUGCGGCCUUUCUUUCCCCUCCAGAAUGAAGACGAUGUAAAACUCGGGGUCUGGACUCGUUGGUGAAUCCAGGAGGAUACAGAUUAAAGUCGUGAAUGAGUCCCGCUGGCUGCAGAUCCCCGAGCAGUGACCGUUUUGGGGCCGCAGCUGAGAGAGACCGAGGGCGCCGGACAACGCGGAAACUGCAGUGUUUGCUCCCCCGCUCGACAUGAACCUCAUCGGGGGCUACCAGCAUCACCACCACCUGAUGCACGAACCCUUCCCGUUCGUGCAGCGGUGUCACCAGGACGCGCCCUACUUCCAGAGCUGGGUGGUGAACCACGGCGAGGUGCCCCCGGACUUCCAGAUCCAGGCGCCCUACCCGGCCGCGGAGCUCGGGGCGCCAGGAGCGACGCACGACGCCCGGCUGGAGGGGCUGCAGGCGGGGAUGGGAAAGAGGAGAGCGUCGGGGCCGAAGAAGGAGCGCCGGAGGACGGAGAGCAUCAACACGGCGUUCGCGGAGCUGCGGGAGUGUAUCCCCAACGUCCCCGCGGACACCAAACUGUCCAAAAUUAAGACUUUACGCCUGGCGACCAGCUACAUCGCCUACCUGAUGGACGUCCUGGCCAAAGACUCCGGGGAGACGGAGGGCUUCAAGGCCGAGAUCAAGAAAAUCGAGAACCGGGAUCUGAAAAGGAAACGAGAUCUGACUGACGGGCUGCAGGACUCUUUAGGAGCCGAGAAGAAGGUGAAGGGCCGGACCGGGUGGCCGCAGCAGGUCUGGGCUCUGGAGCUCAACCAGUGACCCCCUCCCUCCUCCUCCUCCUCCUCAUCCUCCUCAUCCUCCUGCUCUUCAUCCCUAAAACCGAUUCAGAGACUCUGGAUCAGAUUGUUUUGUUUUUUUUUUAAAAACCACUGACUGACUGAACUUGAACACACCGCUGUGCACGUGCAAUGAUGCGCAAAAAAAAGGGGGAGAGAAUGAAAGGUGAACUCAAACUGCGGACGCAAACACCGCGGUGGACGCUCGUUUUGUUGACCCUCGUUUCUCCCGGUGUGGUUUCUGAAGUCCACUCACAGAUCUGACUGUAGGUGUUUGAUAUUUGUGGUAUUUCUGCUUUGUUGAUGUUUCCACCCCUCCAGUACUGGAGACCACAUGUUGCCAUUGUGUCAAAAAACAUCUGUCUCCCCCUGAAGAAAACGUGUUGACCUGGUGUGGUGGCUGUUUCCCACUAAUCUGAUGCCGCUGAAGCAGAAACAGAAUAAAUGAUGAUAAACGA